GGCGAACGGCAACGGCAGGACUUAAAUUGGGAUAUGCUGAUUACGAAAUCCUUUGCAACUGUAAUCCACCCCUAAUUAACAGUGAAUAGAUUAGAGUGCUGGGUUUGCCUUACACUCACUCCGAACAAUGAGCAAACCGCCACGGAGUUUCACGGCGGCGGAGGAGAAGAAGGCUCCUCCUGCUACGGCCACCGCCGACCAAAGGAACAAACGCCGGGAAGCGCCGACCACAGUACUGUCCCUUAAUCCCGACAUCCUUUGCAUCGUCUUCGCUUUCCUCAACAUGUUCGACCUCGUUCGCUGCUCCCUCGUUUGCAAACUUUGGAAUUCUGUCCUUGAGUCCCGUUCGCUGCGAGAGUUUUAUGAGAGGAGGCUGAAGGAUUCUUCUACCUUCCCUUCGAGCUCGUAUGAAUUUGCCGAAAAGCCCUUGAGGGUGAUUUUGGGGGAUGUGGCUAUGCAGCAGCAUAGGUUGGCGCUUCAAUGUGGUGGCGUUUACGUUGAUCAGUGGAAGGGUCAUUCAACCUCUGUUGCUCAGUGCCGGAUGAAAAGGGGCAUACUUGUUACUGGCGUGGGUGAUAAGGUUAUUAUUUGAAUCCUCAAUUUUUUUAUAGCAAUAAACAAAUUGAGAAUGAUCCUGAAGUUGUGGAGGGCUUGUAUAAAUGUAUUGAGAUGCUAUGUACAAGUGAAGAUGAUGUAGACAAUGUUACAAUUCAAUUAUCAACAUAUAGAAGAGCUGAAGGUCUCUUCGGUUUAAGUGGAGCAAAAAGACAAAGGGCUACAAUGGCUCCUGUUGAAUGGUGGAAGAAUUAUGGAGUACGUACACCACAUUUACAAAACACUGCUAUUAGAGUGUUGAGUUUGACUUGUAGUUCAUCUGGAUGUGAACGAAAUUGGAGUACUUUUGAGCACGUUAUUCGUCUCUGGUCAUUAGACAGCUACAGAUGCAUAGAAGAACACUCGAUACCACAUCUGUUCCCUUUUGUUGACUUUGAUUUUGAUGAGAGCAAGAUUGUUGGUCUAAUUGGUAGUCAUUUAUGCAUAUGGAGGCGGAAUGGGAAAAGAAGCAUGUUCCCUUCACUUGAAGGCAAAUUUGUAAAAGGUUCAUGCAUGCGUUAUUUUGAUCCAGAAGCUGUGGUUGGAUGUGAUGAUGGGGCUGUUCGCAUUUUUGACAUGUACAGUAGGACAUGUUCUCAAAUAAUAAGGAUGCAUUAUGCACCAAUAACAUGUUUAUGUUUGGGUGAAGAUCAAGUGAUACUGAGUGGCUCCACUUUAGGGAGUAUCACAAUAUCAGAUCCUUCCUCUGUUCAACAGGUAGCAACACUUAGAUCAAGUGACACCAGAGGCAUAAGGACCUUGUGUUUCAAUCCCUCCUCUCAGCUACUGUUUGCUGGAUCUGCUGUUGGAUAUACAUAUUGUUGGGACCUAAGAACAAGGAAACUGUUGUGGGGCAACCGAGUGAGUCCUAAUGUUGUAUACUCCUUACAGCACUUGCAGAGUGACACGUCAACAUUAGCUGUUGGUGGAAUCGAUGGCAUCAUAAGAAUACUUAAUCAGAAUGAUGGCAAUGUUGUUUCAAGUUGUUGUCUGGAGGAUAAAUUGUUAUCAACAUAUCAAAGUCCUACGUUCAUUCAGAGAAGGAAAGGAAGGAGGUUGCCUGAAGAUGCCAUAAAUAUAGACAUUAUUCCUACGACUGCUCGACCUUCUAUUACAUGCCUCGCCGUUGGAAUGAAGAAAAUUGUUACCACACACAAUACCAACGACAUCAGAUUAUGGAAAUUCAAAUGCAGUACUCCUACCUUGUAAAUUUGGGAAUUUAAUAUUCUGUAUACCCUUUGUUUGGGAUAAAUUAUCUUGUAGGAGUGCCAUGUAGUGAGGAAGAGAAAUUUACCUAUUUUAAAAAAAAGAAACCUAUACAUACGUAAAUAUUAUCUUGUUCCGCUAUAAUAUUGGUCUUGUUCAAGGAGGCACUUGGCAAUAAUUUGAGGAGUCCCAGGUGCAAUCCAAAAUCAUUUGUAAGUGUAUUUGGCUAUGUAUCAUGUUUGGUUGAGCAACAAAGGAUUCGAACUCUCUUAUGUUAUUUCAUAACAAGAGAUUGUUGAGCUGAAGAAAGACAGGAGAAGGAAAACAUAAAUAAUGUAUUUUAUAAUUCAAUCGCUGUUAUUUUUCUCUUUUCUUUUUAAGGUCUUAUUCUAUGCAAGAGCUGGUAGUCAGCAGGGUAGGAAAGCAUGAUAUUGAGUAAAUUUCUGAACUGCUUAAAAUAUGAGUUGAAUAUUUUAGAGCC